AUGGAGUACGUUGCACCCCCUUCUGUCCAUCGAGUGCUCUGUGCGGACUGCGGCACACCCAUUGAGCCAAAUUCUGCCAACUUAUGUAUUGCUUGCUUGAGGAAUUCUGUUGAUAUCACAGAGGGGAUCCCAAAGCAAGCCACGGUUAACUAUUGCCGCAACUGUGAACGGUUCCUUUCUCCCCCAAAUACAUGGACGAUUGCCCAACCCGAAUCACGAGAACUGCUUGCGAUAUGUCUCAAGAAGCUCAAGGGACUUAACAAAGUCCGUUUGAUCGACGCCGGGUUCAUCUGGACUGAGCCACAUUCGAAGCGGGUAAAGGUCAAAUUAACGAUACAGAAAGAGGUGUUCACAUCUACGAUCUUACAACAAAUAUUUGAAGUCGAGUACAUCGUCGUUUACGGCCAGUGCCCAGACUGCACUCGACUAGCAGCUAAGAAUACCUGGAAAGCGAUGGUCCAAGUUCGACAGAAAGUGAACCACAAGCGAACGUUCUUGUAUCUGGAACAACUUAUCCUCAAGCACUCGGCACAAAAGGAUACAAUUAAUGUCAAGGAGGCGAAGGAUGGUCUUGACUUUUUCUACACUCAGCGGAGUCAUGCGAUCAAAAUGGUCGAAUUCCUGAACGCUGUGGUACCUAUCAGAUCCAAAGCAUCUGAGCAGUUGCUUUCGACUGACACCCAUUCAGGCACUUCUAAUUACAAGUUCACUUAUUCAUGCGAGAUCAUCCCCAUAUGUAAAGACGACCUUGUAUGUCUUCCAUUAAAACUAGCUAGGAGCUUGAGUAACAUUUCUCCACUAACAGUAUGCACCCGGGUUGGCAAUUCGAUCCAUCUCAUCGAUCCAGCUACCUUAAGAAGCACCGACCUUAGUUCACCUAUCUACUGGCGUACGCCAUUCGAGAGUCUUGCGACCGUCUCAGAUCUUGUCGAGUUCACCAUCUUGGAUAUUGAUCCGUCAGGGAAGACGAACGGUCGCUGGGUCCUCGCUGACGCCCAAGUAGCACCAAACAAUGCGUUCCAGUCUCAUUCAACAGGAAUGGAUGUUGAUGAGCAAGAAGGGUCGACAAGUACAAUAUACCACACGCGUACUCACCUUGGUGGUAUUCUCCAACCAGGUGACACAGCACUCGGAUACUUCUUAUCGCGAGCCAACUUCAACUCGGACGAGUUUGACGCAUUGGACAGUUCGAGAGUCCCAGAUGUUGUACUCGUGAAGAAGACGUAUCCGAACAGACGAAAGAAGAGCCGUGCACGAAACUGGAGGCUUCGUUCGAUCGCCAAGGAGGCUAACGAGGACGAGAGUGGCGAAGGCCGUGGUGCCUUGGGUCGACGAGGAGGUCUGGAUCAGGCACGCGUCGAGGCAGACUACGAGGCGUUCUUGCAGGAUCUAGAAGAGGAUCCCGAGCUGCGUGCGACUGUCAAUCUAUAUAAGAGCGAACCAAAGGAGCGGCCAGAUGAGAAGAAGGUUGGAGGUGGCAAGAAGGGAGGCCAGUAUGCCAUGGAGGGUGUUGAGGCAACCGAGGAGGAAGAGGAGGAUGAGGGUGAUUUCCCGGAGGUGAAGAUAGAUGAAUUACUGGAUCACUUUGAGGAGAUGGGACUAGAGGAUGAGCAGAAUGAGGCAUAG